AGAUGCACCCACUGGGCCUGUGUAAUAACAAUGAUGAAGAGGACUUGUACGAGUAUGGCUGGGUAGGAGUGGUGAAGCUGGAACAGCCAGAAUUGGACCCCAAACCAUGCCUCACUGUCCUGGGCAAGGCCAAGCGAGCAGUGCAGCGGGGAGCUACUGCAGUCAUCUUUGAUGUGUCUGAAAACCCAGAAGCCAUCGACCAGCUAAACCAAGGCUCAGAAGACCCACUCAAAAGACCAGUGGUGUACGUGAAGGGCGCCGAUGCUCUCAAGCUGAUGAACAUUGUUAACAAGCAGAAAGUGGCCCGAGCAAGGAUCCAACACCGCCCUCCUCGACAACCCACCGAGUACUUUGACAUGGGCAUCUUCCUGGCUUUCUUUGUCGUGGUCUCCUUGGUCUGCCUCAUCCUCCUUGUCAAAAUCAAGCUGAAGCAGCGACGUAGUCAGAAUUCCAUGAACAGGCUGGCUGUGCAGGCUCUGGAGAAGAUGGAAACUAGAAAGUUCAACUCCAAGAGCAAGGGGCGCCGGGAGGGAAGCUGYGGGGCCUUGGACACUCUCAGCAGCAGCUCCACGUCCGACUGUGCCAUCUGCCUGGAGAAGUACAUCGACGGAGAGGAGCUGCGGGUCAUCCCCUGUACUCACCGGUUUCACAGGAAGUGCGUGGACCCAUGGCUGCUGCAGCACCACACCUGCCCCCACUGUCGGCACAACAUCAUAGAACAAAAGGGAAACCCGGGUGCCAUGUGUGUGGAGACCAGCAACCUUGCACGCAGUCGGCAGCAGAGGGUGACCCUGCCAGUACAUUACCCUGGCCGCGUGCACAGGACCAAUGCCAUCCCAGCCUACCCUACAAGGACAAGCAUGGACUCCCAUGGGAACCCCGUCACGCUGCUCACCAUGGACCGGCAUGGGGAGCAGAGCCUCUAUUCUCCACAGACCCCCACCUACAUCCGCAGCUACCCACCCCUGCACCUGGAUCACGCCCUGGCCACUCACCGCUGUAGUCUGGAGCACCGGGCCUACUCCCCAGCCCACCCCUUCCGCAGGCCCAAGUUCAGUGGCCGCAGCUUCUCCAAGGCAGCUUGCUUCUCCCAGUAUGAGACCAUGUACCAACACUACUACUUCCAGGGCCUCAGCUACCCAGAGCAGGAGGGCCAGCCUCUGCCCAGCCUCACGCCCAGGGGCCCGUCCCGUGCCUUUCCAGUGAGCAGCAGCGGCAGCGGCAACCUGCUCUUCCCCACUGUGGUGCAUGUGGCCCCGCCUUCCCACCUGGAGAGCGGCAGCACUUCCAGCUUCAGCUGCUACCAUGGCCACCGCUCAGUGUGCAGUGGCUACCUGGCCGACUGCCCAGGCAGUGACAGCAGCAGCAGCAGCAGCUCUGGCCAGUGCCACUGCUCCUCUAGCGACUCUGUGGUGGACUGCACUGAGGUCAGCAACCAGGGUGUGUACGGAAGCUGCUCCACCUUCCGCAGCUCCCUCAGCAGUGACUAUGACCCCUUCAUCUACCGAAGCCGGAGCCCCUGCCGUACCAGCGAGGCGGGGGCCUCGGGCAACUCUGGCCGGGGGCCUGCCAUUUGCCUUGAGGGCUCCCUGCCGCCCGAGGAGCUUCCGGCAGCACACAGUUAUGGUGCUGGGAGGGGAGAACCGUGGCUGGGCCCUGCUUCUCCCUCAGGGGACCAACUGUCCACCUGCAGCCUGGAGAUGAACUACAGCAGCAACUCCUCGCUGGAGCACAGGGGGCCCAAUAGCUCUACCUCAGAAGUGGGGCUCGAGGCUUCUCCUGGGGCUGCCCUGGACCUCAGGAGGACCUGGAAGGGGAGCCGGGAGGGGCCCUCAUGUGCCUGCUGCUGUGAGCCUCAGCCCCCUGCACCGGGGCCUGGGGCGGGGGCAGCCGGAGGUGGCAGCACCUUGCUCCUGGGUGCUCUGCUCCUUGAGGGCUGUGGCCCUGUGGGUGGGGAGCCACAGACCAGAGGCUCCCUCGGCCUGUAUGGCCUCCACCCAGACCAUUUGCCCAGGACAGAUGGGGUGAAAUAUGAGGGCCUGCCCUGCUGCUUCUAUGAAGAGAAGCAGGUGGCCCACAGUGGUGGCGGGGGUAGUGGCUGCUACACUGAGGACUACUCAGUGAGUGUGCAGUACACACUCGCCGAGGAGCCCCCACCCAGCUGCUCCCCAGGGGCCCGGGACCUGAGCCAGCGCAUCCCCAUCAUUCCGGAGGACAUGGACUGUGACUUGGGCCUGUCCCCAGACUGCCAAGGGACCCACAGCCUCAGCCCCUGGAGUGGGACACUGGGCCUAGAUGCCCAGCGGCCCCACAGAAGCCUGGCAACAGCCAGGGAAGAGGAGCGGGUUCCAUGCCACCAGGCUGAGGUACUGCUACAGCCUGGCUGCCCUUCAGAGGAGGCAGGUGCCACCAGGGUCGGCCUCCCUGUUGCCCACCAGGACACUCAGGGGUCCAACACCCUAGCCACUGAGGCUGCAGGACUGGGAUCUCACCCACCAGACAGCAGCAGCCCAGGAGCCUGAGCUCAGAAGGAACUCUUAUCUGGAAAUUGGGAAAUUUAUGGAGACUCCAAACUCUGACUUCCUUCAAAACAAAAACAAGAAACAAAUUUUUUUUUAGCUUUGACAAACACAAAAGUGGUAAUAAAGAGAGCCCUCUUUCUCAACCCAAAAUGUGAGCCACCUGUGGCAACUCCCCCACUGCCCCCCCACCCUCAUUAGCAAACCAACAGACAAAAUUCU